CUUUAACCGAAAGCAGAAAGUCUUUUUUUCAGUUAAGGGAAUUCACCUUCUUUUGUCAUGUGUGAUGUUAUCACUGGCCUCGUGUUAUUUAUUUCGUUUGCUCUGAUGCAAGAGGUAGCUUCUUCUCAAGAGUCAAACAUCCAGCUGUACCAUAGGGGGAUCACUUCCACCACACAAACUUUUCGACAGCACGAAUUUAUUAAGUAUGAAUUCCACUGUCUGGAUGUGCCUCGAGUUGGAGCAAUAGCAGUGUCAGAUGCGUUUGACUGUACGUUUGAAUGUCUUAGCAAUCUGCUGUGUUUUUCUGUGAAUCUGGCCGCCUCCAAAGGAGUCCAUGGAAAACUUUGGUGCGAGUUGUUGUCUUCUGAUCGACACAGAAACUCCACAGAGUUCAAAAGAAAUGAGAGCUCGCAUCAUUUUGCCAUCAAGUCGCCUUGUUCAUCUUCACCAUGCCAAAACGAAGCUCUCUGCUUCGCAAACUACAACGACGGUUCAUUUGAAUGCCUCUGUAAAGAAGGUUAUAUGGGAGAAUAUUGUCAAACAGCAAAUGCUGAGCCGAAGUCGUGCAAGGAAGCGUAUAAUCUACACAGCAUGUCAGAUGCAAGUCAUCUGGUCGUCUUAGACAUUGACGCAAAAAACACCACAGUUCUCUGUCAUAUGGGAGAUUUUGGGUGCGGAGAUGGAGGAUGGACCCCGGUCAUGAAAAUUGACGGAAACAAGAGAACCUUCCAUUACGACUCCGCCUAUUGGAGCAACAAAAAUGAAUACAACCCUCUCGCCGGGAGAACUGGGUUUGACUCACAAGAGACCAAGUUGCCGACCUAUUGGAACACAUCUUUCUCCAAGAUCUGUCUUGGAAUGAAAGUCGGUAAUGUGACCAAUUUCUUAGUCGUCAACAAGCAGGCUGACUCUCUGCACUCUCUCAUCGCAGACGGGCAAUACCGAGCCACCUCACUGGGUCGUGACACGUGGAAGACACUGAUUGGAUCACAAGCCUCCCUGCAGUCAAACUGCAAUAAAGAGGGAUUCAAUGCCGUUGGUAGUAAUAUUCAGCAUUCUAAAGCAAGAAUUGGUAUCACAAACAAUGAACAGAAUGACUGCAACAGCUGUGACAGCAGAUUGGGACUGGGCACUGGGGGGUAUAGUGACGACACAAACACGUGUGGUAAUGUGGCAUCUCAUGCACCAGACAAUGGUGUCAAAAUCAUCAAGACCAUGGGAUACAUUUUGGUGCAGUGAUUUUCAAAAGCCCAAAGGAAAGGCCUUUGAUGUCAAAUAUCAUAAGGUGCUAACCCGCCAAAAACUUUGCUCUCAAUUCAAUUGAGAACUUAUAUAGAGAUCCAUACUUCCCCCUCAGCUUGACAAUUACAACACUAGAUUAGUAAAUAGAUUAACAAAGAUGGUAAGUUUUGUGCUCGGUAAAGAAAUGGAGAAAGAUGUUUUUUCGUCUUGACAUAAAGAAAAAAUUUUCCCAUAAGGAAUA